AUGGGUUCCAUGCGACCAUCAGGACGAUUUAUGUCGUUUGCAAAUAACAUACAAAGAACACAGAAACAGCCAGUUCCGAGUAGUUUUACUCAAAGUCUAUCAGGCAGUGAGACAGAUGUGUCGACAUCUAAUGAAAACUUAUCAAGAGAAGAGAGAUAUGUGGUAAGACAUACAGCGAGAGUGGAACCCCAGGGACAGGAAAAUCAGAGUCAAAAUAACAACAAUAGGAACUCACUCAAGGACAGUGUCACAGGAAGUAAUCGUAACUCACUAAAGGAUUCAGUAGGUGGUGGUAAUAGCAACAGAAGUUCACUGGAUGUGUCCUCUUCCUCUUACAACACACUUAUUAUUCACAAUCAAGAUGAUUCUUGGUCGUCUCGACCCACACCAAUACGAGAACAUGAACGAACCACAAGUGAAGUGAAACAUUCAAACACACAGUCAUCCCCAUACCAUACAUUGAAGAAAUCAGAGAUUAAGAAGCCAAGUGGGAUACCAUUACCUAAGAUACAUAAACAGCAAGAAGUGACAGCUAGUGCUAAUUAUAUAGAUAUUGGUGGUCAACGGAUAUACACAAGUCCCCCUGACCAUGGUGUUCAGGAAAUAACAGAAAUCCCGGAUGAUUUCUUGAACCAAUCAUCUGUAUUGAAGCACCUAGCUAAAGAGGUAGCUCAGUCACCUACUCCCCGAAAUACGACCCCUCCCGCCUCACCGCAUGCCCCCCGAGCGCCCUCCAAGUCAAGGGAGGAACGAAUCAAAGGCAAAGCGAAGGCUAAACUGAGCAAGGAGAAGCUCAGUUUGUCAAGGUCACAGCCGGAUUUGACCAGUGUGGGAGUCCGAGCAGUACCUGGUGGUUCGGAAUCCAGCGGCUGGUGCAGCGGUGGCGAAGGUUCCUUAGAGGAAGACGAUGCCUUCACAGCAGUCCUUGAUGCAUUGGCUGCGGAGAACCAUCAGCUCAAACGCCAGCUUGCUAAUGCGUGUGAGAGGGUGUCUAAAACGUCUAAGUUGGAGGAGGAAGUCGAGAAAGUUCGUACAGCCCACGAAGACUUGGUUGGUUCGUGCGAGCGUCGAGAGAGGCUAGAACGAGCUGCGCGCGUAAGACUACAAGCAGAUUGUAGAAGGCUCCAUGAACUCAACAGAGCACUUAAACAUCAGGUGGAACUGCUGUCUCAAGGCGUGCGUGCUGAUGCCGAUAGUAACAGUGAAGUGCUUCGUAAAGAGUUGCAAAACAGAGAAAUGCUUAUUGCACAGCUUAUUACUCAAAACAAGGAGUUAGCAUGCGCAAAAGAGCGUCAGGAGAUCGAGAUGUCUGCUCAGCGUGCGACUUUGCAAGAACAAAGGACCCACAUCGACAUACUGGAUACAGCACUCACCAAUGCGCAGGCUAAUGUUGUGAGACUUGAAGAAGAGUGUCGUCACACAAGCGGUUACGUAGAACGGGUGAGGGGACUUCAGCGAGCCUUAGCUUCAAUACAACAGGCUUCCGACAGACGAGAACAUACUGAGAGGAAGCUACGAGCCCAGCUGGAGAAGGAAUUGCAGACACUCCGCAAACGCGAAUGCACCUGCGGAGGUGUGGGCAGUCGUAUCGGAGGGACCGAAGGAGGUGAAGAAGCAGAACUCCGAAGACAAGUAAGGGAGAGAGACGAACGCCUUCUCGCGUUAGAGGGAGAGUGUGCGAAGUGGGAACAACGGUAUUUGGAGGAGGCCGCUUUGAGGCAGGCCGCUGUUUCCGCCGCGUCUAUACCCAAGGAUGCAAAGAUAGCAGCUUUGGAGAAAACUUCAGCGGAAUCUGAGCGCCUAAUGGCUGAAGUGCGCAGUGAAAAGAUACGUCACAUGGACGAACUUCACUCUGCACAGAAAAAGGUCGCUGACCUCGAAAGCAGAGUGAAAGAGUUGGAAUCCAAGGUAGCUGAACGCGACGCGAUGAUCAAAGUCCUGCAGAAACAUACGAGUGGUGCUUCCCUAAGGAAUAAUUCCAGUCGUGAAGAAUUAGUGGGUCUAUCUUCCGGAGCAUCAUUCUCUAGUACGGAAGGUGUGAGCGGGACAGGUGUAUCGGGAGUGAGCGGGUCGGGCGUAUCGGUGGGCGCACGUUAUCGCCAUCUCGCUCGGAGGAAUUAUUCCCCGCACAAUGAUAAUGCCAGCGGAUGCGGUUUCGACAGCACAUCUCUUCGCCUAGAAGAGCAGUUGGCAGCACUGGAGUCCCGCCUGGAGCGGCCACCUGUGCCCGCCAGAGGUCUAUGCUGUUUCCCCGGACUGAGCACGGUUGGGGCUCGUGCUGGUAACGGACGUGGAGAAGAAGCCCUGCUCUUGGAACGUCAGGGACGGGCCUCACAGCAAACCAGGUCAUCAAGUCUUCCACCGCCACCGUCUGCUCUGCCACGCCCACCCAGAAAGCCUUCUGCUCGUAACACUAGAUAUGAUCGCCUGGAACAUAGAGAUGGUCGUAAAGACUCAGACGGCUCUGGAUCGAUUGCUUCUACUGCCUCACGCAGCUCACCUUUGCCAUAUGACACAGUUCGAAAGCUACCAUCAGUGCCAACAUCCGCUUCUCUGCCAGCUGCUGAAUCCAGGGAAUCGCUGGUUCGACCUCGGGAUUCGAGUCUCCCUUCACCAUCAAAGCUUGCUGUAUAUGCGGCAGCUAGACGCCGGUCCGCUGAAUCCGCCAAAGAUAACAAACGGACGCACCACUAUCGUAUUCAGUUUUAA